AUGCCUGAUGGCACAAUCAGGUACCCAAAUAGGAUGAAAUGCACCUUCUGGGAAAACRCAAGCAGUGGCAAAGAUAAAUCGAGAAUAAGUCUCAACAAUAACAUGAACAUAGCAAUUUUUGCCAAACUGARGGAUAUGUUGAGAAAAACUCUUCAAGGGUCUGAGAGUGAAGAACUGGAAAUAGCACCAUCUGAGCUACCAUCUUUGGUGCCAUUUGGGGAUGUGGUUGGCUGCCUGGCUGUUCAUGUAAAGAACUGCAGAAAUUUUGCACAGAGGAUCACUUCACAACCUUUCAUCGAUUUGUUCAUUCGCAUCUCUGUAAACAACAUUAUGAAAUCUACAAAGCGUCGUAUCUUACUGCUUAGAAGUAGUGAAAAGAGCACUGCAGUUCGGUUUGAUGAAAUUAAGUAUUUUUCUGUGCAGGUUCCCCRACGUCAAGAUGAUACACGGAAUAAUAUUUCCUUGGAACUAAUGCAACAUAGCAAGACAGAAGUUUAUCCUGUCUUAUUAGGGAAUGCUGAGGUACAUCUUUAUGAAGUAAUUCAGAAAGGGUGCUUUACUGAAGAAUUACAGUUAUUGAAUAAAAAUACAUUUAUCUGCAGGUUGGAGGUGGAAUUUAUGUUCUCCUAUGGAAAUUUUGGUUAUGGAUUUUCACAUCAGUUAAAACCUCUUCAAAAAAUUGUUGAACCAUCUAUGUUUAUGAAUAUUGCACCACCUCCAGAAAGAACAGAUCCCCUAACAAAUGUUAUUACACCACGACCAGUAGAAUAUCCAGCAUUUUUAUCCCCAGACCUGAAUGUUACUGUUGGGACUCCAACUACUUYGAAGGAGACAAACCAGACACCUGUUGUGCGGCUUGAAAAACUUGAGCAACAACCCCGGGAAAGGCUGGAAAAAAUGAAAAAAGAAUAUAGAAAUCUGGGUACAUGGAAAGAAAAAGUUGACUAUUUAGAAAACAUUCUGAACCCAAAAUUGGAACCUAAAGAAUCUUCGGAAAGUAAUUUAGAUGAAGACCUUGAAAGUGAGAGUAAUGAUUUAGAUGAAGAGAAGCCUGAAAAUAUCACAACAUUAUAUAUCCCUGUUAAAGACAAUGAACCUGAAAUUACUCCAAGUGAGUUGCUGGGUGAUGAUAAUAAAGAAGGCGUACCUCCAUCAACUUCGAGCCUAUUGGACCAAGAUUAUUCAAUUCUUGCUACUCCUGAGAGUGUUAUGUCAACACCUCUACCCUCAGACUCUCUACUGCCCUCYAUUCCUAGGCAGGAAAAAACCCUACUGGAAAAAAUACCAUUUUUCAGUGAAGGCCAAUCAGAAGUCAUGCCAGAGGAAAGGAGAAGUAUACCAUUUCUAACAGAUGCAAAAUCAGAUGACACACAUCGAAGCAUUUUAAAAGCAAUUUCAGCUCUAUCAGAGGUGGCUUUUUCAUCAAAAGAAUACUUUCCAUCACAUUUCAGACCAGAAUAUAUAGAAUUGAAACCAAAAUAUCAGAAUUUCUUAUUUAUAUUGCARUUUCAGAAAUUCAACAAAGGCGGUUUUGAUCCUUUUCUAAGGAACAUAAACAAGAUGUCGGUCAGGAAAAGGAAAGACCAAGAUAUAUACCAGUUUARAAAUGUUUUAAGUCAGGAGGUUAUAGAGCAUGAAGACCAAGAUCCUCCUUACCCAACACGUUCAAAACCUGGAGGAUAUAGCAGUGUAUCCUGGGCCCAUGAUCCUGAUACCUUCCCAAAAAAGAAUAAGUCAGCUUGUGAUCCUACUAUCAAUGCAAUGAAAACUUUGGACCCUAAGAGUAAGCCAGCCCAUGAUCCUGCUAUCAAUACAAUGAAGACUUUAGACCCUAAUAAUAAGUUAAAAGAAAAACUACCAAGUUUAACUUUACCAAGCUUAAGAGAACCACCAAUGACUGGAAACAUAAAUACCUUUUGCCUCUCAAAKUCAUUAAAUUUUACCCCUCAUAUAGAAAAUUUAAAACAAUCAAUAGUGCUCAAGUCAAUUUUAAGUAAAAAUCUGCAAGAUCUUUCAGAUAAGUUAUUUUCUAAACCAGAAGUUUGUCUGAACACUGAAGCAAUGAAGAAAAGUAGUUCUUCACAUCUAUGCAUUCAGGACAAACCAGUCAGUGAUUUGGAAAUAAAAGCAUUGGAACCAAUUCAAGAUUUAAACUGCCAGCUUUCAGAAAAAGACAUUUCAAAGUCAAAGUCUCUUUUAAAUCAAGUAAUUAAAAACAUCACCUCAGAUUUACUUUCAGAAGGUAAACCAGGAAAAUCUCCAGAUGUAGAAGACGUUGUCUCGGAGGCUGAUGGAAUAGAUUUUUCAAUGAAAAAGAAAAGUUGUUUCAAAAAGAAACAUAUAACAAGUGAAGUGUCUAGCCCUAUGCUGGGUUUCAGUGGAAGUAUACACGACUAUAUUAUAAAGCAAAUAUUCACUGCACCUAUCUUUUCACUGUUGGAAAAAAGCAUGAAAGAACUGAGUGAGACACAGAUGAACCUGCAGGAUCAGUUACUCAAAUCUUGGGAGACAAAAUUGUCUUCCAAUAUUCUAGUUAACUAUGGAGAUAAGGAUGAUGAAAUAAAAUUGCCACAGCCCAAAUCUGUGAUAAGCGAGAUAAUACAAGCAUUUCCUAUAGAUACACUUUUAGAAUCUGGGAUAAUCAAAGUGAUGGAACUAGAUAAAGAACAACAGAUGGGUGCUUUGGUAGAUACAGAGAAAUCCUCUUCUGAAGAAACCCUCAGGGAUUCCACAGAAGAUGAUUCAGAAAUCAAAUGCAAAACACAAUUUCUUUCAAGACCCAGUGUUCCCAAAGAAGGCACUUCUUCUAUACGUAGAGUUGAAUUUGUAGAAGACAGACAAAACAUGUUCCUACAUGAUUCAGAAUAUCAUUCAACACCAGACAUAAAAACAGAUUUGUCACGUCAGGGGCUUGAUGGAGAARAAAGUGACCUAAUGUUUGAUUUAGAAAGUUUCAGUAACUUGCUAACAGAUAACCUUCAUGAGUCUGAUCCACCAAUGUUACAAUCCUUUUUAAAAAACGUAUUUAAUGCUUUUUUCAAAUAUAAUCAGCCUGAAAGAAGACAGCAACCAGAAAAGGAAUUAGAAAAUCUAAUUCAACAUUCUUUUCCAACUUACAUAGAACACUCUGAAGAAAUUCAAGGGGAUUCAGAUAAAGCAGACAGAUUAGACAGAAAAGCUGUUUUGAGUCCAAAGCUACGUGUGUUUCUAGAAGAACUCUCAGAGUCAGAAAUUAAAAAUUUAAAAUCUGAAUUGAGUAAACAUAUACAGCAUUAUCUUGUAGAAAGACUUUCAGAAUCAGGACAUAUCACCAAGGAGGAUUUACCAAAAAUCUACCAAAAUCUGUAUCUGAUGAAUGAGAAAGAACUGAAAGAACAAAAUGCUUUUCCAGGGAAAUAUUCAGAAACUGUUAAAGAAAUCAUGUCUUUUGUAAAUAAAUUUAAUCAUCAAUUCAUAGAUAAACAUUUAGAAAUAAAGCUAAGAUCUUUUUUAAAUGAAAUUCUCCAAAACUAUUUCCUUACAAACUUUGCAGAGAGCAGUUUAUUUAAUGAGACAGAAUCCAUGACUAUCCACUCAAACAUGUCUUCUCUAAGAACCCAAAGUGCCUCAUUAUCUCCUCAUGAUAUUUCAAGGGGGAGUUUUGGUAGAAGGCUUGAAAUAAACAUGAAAUAUCCUUUAAAUCAACCUCUACAAAGCCUACUUAAAGCUUUAUCAGAAAAUGACUUCUUAAAUUUAAAAGAUGAUUUAAGCAAACAGCUCCAGAGACUUUUUAUAGAAAAGCUUUCAAAAUUAGGACUAAUGACAGAGAGGCAAUUAGAGGGGGUCAACGAGCAUGUAAGCUUAAGUGAUUCUGAUUCAAUACCAUUAAAAUAUAUAAAAACAGAUUUACCUUUCCGAGAUGAAAAUUACUUUGUGGGGGAGCAUUCAGAAAAGCAAAGUAAAUAUUCAAAACUUGGUCAAAACACUUUACCAAAGGUUUCUGAGGAUAAACGUAUCAGACCAGAAUUGGUCAGAACUGAAGAAAAGGACUAUUCUUCUUUGAAAAAUUUAAAAGAGAAUCCAUCAACAAUUAGGGAACAGAAAAAUUAUUUCCCUGGAGAAGGAAUUAAAGCAAUAAGUUUAAUAAAAGUACAGCCUUCCAACAAAAAUAUCCAGGCUGUUCCAUUAAAUAAGUCAUCAGACAGAGCUACAGAUAUAUUGUUUAAGAAAUACAAGAAAGAACAUGAUUUCCUGCAAUUUCCUCGAGCAGAAAAUUGUAUUUAUACAACAGAGAUUCAAGACCCAUACAGUUGGGAGGGUAAAUCAAAAAUAGUUUCAUCAAAAGUUUGCUGUGAAAGGACAUUGAAAUUGAAGCCCUUUGAUAGAAAGGAGAACAUUAACAUUUGCAAAUUUACUGCUCAGGAAAAAACAGAAACAGUACUGCCAUCGUAUUCAAGAAUUCCUAGUUGCAAAAUGCCAAGGGAAGAGGAAGAUUAUUUAAAUAGAUUCGCCUCCCCUUUCUGGCAGAAUAACUCUUUAUCUGACUUCAAUUUAGAGGCUGAAGAACAAUCGAAGUUAGACCUGUACUGUCAGAGAUUGAAAGGAAACAAUAACAACAAUAAAAAACAUUUAGUAACAGUCACACAAAAUGAAAGAGAAAUUCAAAAUCUUUCUAUAAGCCCAAAUGAAAUUUGCAAUGAAAAAUAUUCCAAGGUCCCCAAACCACAAUCCUUUAAAUAUAAAGAAAAUAAGAAAAACUCAAAACCAUCCUUCUUCCYAGAAGUAUUAAAGAGAGAAAACAUAAAACCCAAGGUUCGAAAAGAAAAAGAUCAUGCCACCAAACCAAAAAAGUCACUUAACAAGGUAGUUAGGAUCCUACCAACCACGCUGCCUACUACAAGAAGUCAUUUAAGGAAAUCUGCGCCAAGGACUUUGCUUCACUGGACUGCACGGAAGACUAUACACGAUUGUUCAGAUAGAUUUGAGGAUCUACAAGAGCCCUCAAUGCAGCAUCUUAAUAAAACAAAAUCAAGAGUAAGACUUUUAGCAAAGAGCCCAGAUGAUAGCCAUAUUCAGGCAAAACAAGCUGCAAGACCUUAUACUGCUCCAGAGCCUAACAAACGACGAGAAURCUACACUGGAAAAUUCACAAGUCCUCGAGUGGUUUCAUCAGGAUUAGCUAAUACAAAUGAUACAACCCCAGAUUAUGAAAUACGUAAAAUGCAACCAAAAAAGAUUAAAAGAGGAUAUUGA